AUGAAGCGUGAGAACCUCAUCAGUAUGGCUCUUGCAGCUAUCACCCUGGUGGAACCUGUUGUUCAGUCCGGACCAAAGAAGCCGGGCAGGCCGGGUCGCGGUCGGUAUGCCCUCGAUGCUCUGUCCCCCGACUUCGCAUGGGGAGAGUGUCGCCCCGAUGACUGGCAGUGUAGCCCAUCUGGCGAACACCUUGCUUACGUUGGCGAGGUCGACGAUGACUUUGCCAACUCCAACGAUCCCGUCGAUGAGGAUUCCACCAAACCCCCAAUCCUCGCCACCUCCCCUGCCCCUUCCAACUCCAACAGUACUCGUAUUACGAAGAGUUCUGUCGGAGGGUCUGGUCAGGACGACAUCAACGCCAUCUUGGUCAAAAUCCUCGACCGCAUCGUCAAGGCCCAGGAGGACCCUAGCGAAAGGGACAUCGACCCCAUCUGGACCGCUCUUCUAGAGCGUCUCGUCAAAGCCCAUGAGGAUGCCGCGAAGCCGUCCAACCCCUGGACCGCACCGACAAAGUUGACCGCCGCAGCAUCAAUCAUCACCCUCGUCAUCGGAGUUCUGAACUUCUUUAAGGACAGAAUCAUCUCGCUGGACUGGCGAAUCUGCGGCUGGCGCUUUGCUUCUCUCGUCUUAUGCAUCACCGGCUGGGAGGCGGCCACUCAGCUUAAGGACAGGCUGAGUGUCGUCGAAAAGGCUAUUUACGGCAGAGCGAACGUCGAGCCUUUCAUAUCGGCAACAGCGUUGGACAACCCCAUGCAAUGCCUGAAGACUCGAGUCGCUAACCUCAAUACUGACCUCGGAAAGACAACAAAGGAUACUACUGAUCUUGGCACUAACCUUGGUAAUGACAUCACUCGGCUGGACAAGCUGGUGGCCGAUAAGGCCACUGAACUCGAGAAGCUCGUGACUGACAAAACCACCGAACUGGAGAAGCUCAUGGCUGACAAGGCCAUCGAACUGAAGAAGCUACGCCGACCUGGAGAAGCGAGUUGA